CGGGGGUGACAGCAGGUAGGCAGAACCGCUGACUGCAUUCGUGCUUCGGCCAUGGAGGAUCCAGAAUGUGUUGAGGCCCUCAACUCUGAUGCGCCCAUUUCGCGGUGGGAGUCUGCGAAUUUCCUUCCCGCCCUCCAGCGGGGCGCAGUGCGAACCUUUCUGAUCCUCUCGGUGCUGGGACUCCUGGCUCUCCUGUGCAGAUCUCCGGGCGCGGGCAGAACUGCGUUGCGCUGGGCGCCGGACGCGGCGAUCGCAGAGUGGUCGGGCCCCAUGAGCAAGGACGAGGUCUUGCCGAUGAAAAAGUGGGCGAAGGUCUUCAAGGUGCAAGACCACAUGGAUGACCCUUUGACCUUGAGGCGGUACUAUCAGUAUUCCCAUCAUCCAGAUUUCGUGAAGGAGAAGGCGAAAACCGAAGAGCUGAUGCAUUGGGCAGCGGAGCAUCGGUGCCCUCCGAUGUCUGUGGGAACAGAGCUGGUGGCCGACUCCGACAUGGAGGUUCAAAAGACGGUGCCGACCGCCAUGGACUGCCAGCGCUCUUGUACUCAGACGCCGGGCUGUGUGGCAUGGACCUGGGUCCAGGACGAGGGCGACGACUUCCAGAACUGCUACAGGCGAGAAAGCCUGCAACGUUUUUGGUCUCCAGAACCCAACCACAAGGAGGGAGUGGUCAGCGGCAUGCCCUGUUCUCGAGAGAAGCAUGAGGCCGAGCAGUGGCCGCAGAAGGAGAUGGAUUUCUUUCGUCUUCCAAAGCCGCCCAAGUAUCCUCCUCCGCGGCCCAUUGGUGGUACGCGGCUUCUAUGCAUCGCGGUAUGCCUCCCUUUCACCAAGGAGCAAGAUCUGUUGAUCAUGCAGUAUCACUAUGGUAUUGGCAUAUUUGCCUGUGACACCUUCGCCAUCUACAGUUCUGUCUCCAUGGAACUGGCCCCUGGCGUGCUCACACGCAGAGUCACCAGCACUUUGCUGGGUGAACUUGGUGGGUCCUUCCUCACAGUGCUGAACUUGGGUGCCUUCAUGCAGGUGUGGAAGCAGGUGCUCUGGGACGGCGAAUAUUUGCACCAUGACUGGAUCCUCAAGGUGGAUCCGGAUACCGUUUUCCUGGUAAACCGCCUCCGCCCCAUCCUGGCCAACUACAAUGAAGAGAUGGGACCGAGCGGCAUUUACCUGAACAACUGCAAGGACGGCAUGCACGGGCCAUUGGAGGUCUUCUCUCGCUCAGCCAUCAUGCAGCUGGCCAACACCUCGGAGUACUGCGCUGAGAAGUUGGAUGGGGGCAAGCCAUGCCAAAAGGACUGCGACAAAUUCUGGGACAUUACCUAUCGAGGGCAUUGCAAUGGGCCUUGCACGAAAUGGUGGGGCGAGGACAUUUGGUGCGACCAAUGCCUCUACCAGUUCACAGAGGCAAAACGUAUUUUUGAACCGACGCUACUUCAAGAAGAGCAUUGCGACCCCGAACCAGGCUGGAGGGACUGCCAGAAUCCCAAGAUCGUGGCUUACCAUCCCUUCAAGAAACCAGAGGACUACCGAGUUUGCCUCGAACGCGCCUCCGGGCUCAAAUUUGACACCUAGGAGAGGGGGAUGAAGAUGAUCCGUAAGGAAUC